AUGACAAGGAUCCCCAACAUGACAACACUCAAUCAUCUCUUUGAUCUCCCUGGACAGAUUUGCCAUGUCCAGUGUGGUUUUUGCACCACUAUUUUGCUGGUUAGUGUACCAUUCACCAGCCUGUCAAUGGUGGUGACAGUGAGAUGUGGGCAUUGCACAAGCCUCCUCUCUGUCAAUUUGAUGAAGGCUUCCUUCAUUCCUCUCCAUCUCCUCGCUUCUCUCUCCCAUCUCGAUGAGGUUCCCGCCAAGGGGAAAGAGGAGGUUGCAGCUACAACAGAUGGUGUGGAAGAAGAAACAUGGAAGGUGAAUCAGGAGAAGGAGAACAGCCCAACGACUUUGGUUACAUCUUCAGACAAUGAAGAUGAAGAUAAAGAUGUAUCUCGUGUUUACCAAGUUGUCAAUAAACCACCUGAGAAACGACAAAGAGCUCCUUCUGCUUACAAUUGCUUUAUCAAGGAAGAGAUCAGGAGGUUAAAGGCGCAGAAUCCAAGCAUGGCUCACAAGGAAGCUUUCAGCUUAGCUGCCAAAAAUUGGGCCCAUUUCCCUCCAGUGCACAACAAGAGAGCUGCUUCAGAUCAAUGUUUUUGCGAGGAAAAUAACAAUGCAGUAUUACCAUGCAAUGCACUCGAGGACCAUGAAGAAAGCAAUAAUGGGUUCCGAGAGAGAAAGGCUCAAAGGCAUUCCAUUUGGGGAAAAUCUCCAUUUGAGUAA